GUAGACUGAAUGGACUAUGCACUGUGAACUGAGCAUGAUGACUGCGUCUGCACAGCUCUGUUUGCUGCUAUGUUUGACUCUGACAACAGGCCUGACUUUGGGUUUGGGGCCAAAUCAAGAUGUGGAAUUUACAUUUCUGCUACCUGCUGGCGGUACAGAGUGCUUUUACCAAACUACCGUAAGGAAUGACAGCAUGGAAGUUGAAUACCAGGUGAUAGCGGGGUCAAGUCUGGUUGUUGGUUUUGUCCUCAUCUCACCCAGCGGAUACCAGCUGGUUUCUGACUUACGGAGUUCAGAUGGCAUCCACAUGGUGGAACCCACAGAGGAGGGAGACUACCGGCUGUGUUUUGACAACAGCUUCAGCAAGCUGUCAGAGAAGAUGGUGUUCUUUGAGGUGAUCAUUAAUAGUCAGAGUAGCACAGGCGGAGGCCGGGAGGAGUGGGCGGACAUUGCUAUGACAGAGACCGUGGUGGAGUACAAACUGGAGGACAUCAGGGUGAAAAUGGACUCUGUGCGCCGGCACCUGGAGAAGAGCCGUCAGGUCCUGGCUGCGCUGCGGGCCUUUGAGACGAGGGACCGCUAUCUCCUGGAGGACAACCUGUGGCGAGUGUCCUUCUGGUCCUGUGUAAACCUGUUGGUCAUGCUCACUGUUGCUGUCACUCAGAUUUACACUUUGAGACAGCUUUUUAAUGACACCAAGCGAGUCAGCACAUAGUAACUACAGAACUAGUUUAUUACCUUCAGCCACCACAGUGCAGAACCUGAACACUCUCACACAUUAAACAGAAAACACUCCACUGAAGUGUGCUGUGUGUGCUGAUUUUUAGGAGAUGAUUUACACUUUUUGGAGCUCAUGCAUGCUUUUGCUAGUUUUCCCCUAUUGCAGCCAUAUUUUUAGAAUUGCACUUUCUGCUUUCACAUCAACCCCUGAAAUCACAUUCACAGUACUGUAAUAUGUGCACACAGAUACACACUGUACAUACAUAAUUAUAUACAAACUACUUGCAACAUUAAUAUUUAGUAAUAAUGUCAUUAUGGAAAGUAGACAGCCACAGCUGUUUUCUCUCAAAUGUUGUUUUAUUGAAUUUCAUGACAGUCUUUUAUAAAACUCUAGGCUAUGUUCUUAUCAAACCAGCAGCCAAACAAACCUACAUAAUAUUCCACUACUGAGCUACAGGCUUUAAAAAAUAAAACAAAAUAAAAAAUC